AUGUUAAAAAAAAGAGCCAACAGGCCGCCACUAAUGGGGCCUAAUAGGGCUGAUGUUCAGCUGGCGAAAACUUCAGUGAGUACAGCAAAUGUUCAACUCAUCUACCAUUCCGUGCUUUCCGAGCUAUUGCACGACAAAAGACGAAAGUUCACCUUCUCAGAGACAGCCUACUUCUGGCGCUGGUGGAAGGAACAGCGUCCUACCACCAGAGCCACCUUCAGGACCUUAGUGCAGGAAGGUCGAGUGGAAUUCGCUGGCGGAGGCUGGGUGCAUAAUGAUGAAGCUACACCGGACUACCUUCACAUAAUUGACCAGUAUACUUGGGGUUUGAGGAAACUGAACGACACUCUAGGACCAUGCGGCAAACCGAAGGCAGCUUGGCAGAUUGACACUUACGGUCAUACUAGAGAACAGGUCUCUUUGUUAGCACAAAUGGGGUACGAUGGACUCUUUAUAGGUCGAGUGGACCACAAGCAAAGGGAAGCUAUGAUAGAAGAGGAUAGAAUGGAAUUCAUGUGGCGGGGGUCCGAUGUGUUAGCUGAAGAGCAAUCAGUUCCGCCCAAGGACACUCGCAACUAUGGAGGAGUCGCGAUUCCGUUGCCAAACUUUUGGGAUUACGAUUUCGGAGAUUUAGGGAUUGGGGAGGGGAAGGAUUGGGCUUCCGGUAAAAUGUCGGACAUAAUGACACAUACUCUGUUCAAUCUAUACAACGCUCCUGAUGGGUUCUGCUUCGAUUUCCUCUGCAACGACGAGCCUAUUAUAGAUGAUCCUGACAAUAAAGUCUACAAUGCUGAUAAGAGGGUAAACGAUUUCAUAUCCCAAAUUGAAAGACAAGCGAAAUACUACGAUCAUGAUAAUAUAAUGGUGACGAUGGGAGGAGAUUUCACCUACCAGAGUGCAGCCAACUGGUUCAUGAAUAUGGAUAAACUUAUCAACCACGUCAACACUCAUCCAGCUAAUCUAUCAGAUAUUAAUAUUUUCUAUUCGACGCCAUCUUGCUAUUUGAAAGCUAUAUAUCUGUAUGGCAGGAGAGAUAAGGCUAUGUAUACUGAAAAAGAUGACCAAUUGCCCUACGGUAGUGAUUCAAUGACGUACUGGACCGGCUAUUACAGUUCUAGACCAAGUCUCAAAUACUUCGCGCGACGAGCUCAUGUAUUUUUGCAAGUAGUAAAACAAUUGACGGUGAUCGCUAGAUUAGGUGAUUCAUACGAAUUACAUCUCCUAAGACAUGCUGUAAGCCUAGUACUGCAUCAUGAUGCAAUAACAGGCACCAGUCAACAACAUGUUACUAAUGAUUUCGUCAGAAUUCUCAAUGAAGCCAUCGAUGCGUGCACUAAGAAAGUUUCCAAUCUGCUCAGCUACUUAACUCCAACUUGGGGAGGUAGUCGGAGGACGAAGAAUAACCAACAGUUUGUGAUAUGCCAUCAGCUAAACAUGAGCCAAUGCAGAGUGACUUACGUGCGAGUGUUCUUAGACAUGUUUGACGAAAAUCGGUUGAGCCGUUUAGAAGUUAUGGGGGAUGAGGAAGUGGAAUACCAGCUAGUACCACUACCAGCAGCAGUCAUCAAUCUACCAGGGAGAUCCUCUACAGCAAUCCAAGAGUUGUGCUUUGAAGCUGAAAACAUACCUCCAUUAGGAUUUACUGCAUAUUACAUAGCUCCGGUCAGAGAUCAGUUGGAGGAGAAUGAGUUCGCGAAAAAGUUUUCGAAAUCAAAUCAAGGGAAAAUCGAAGCGGAACAGGAGAUCAUACCUUUUAUAUCCAAUGAGUACAUAAAAGUUACAGUAGACAAAGUGACGGGACUGCUGGAAUCCAUCCAGCAUGUGGACGGAGUCAGGAUAGAUGUGAACCAAAACUUCUACUACUACGCUCAAGGUCAACAGACUCUGCAGUCGGGAGCCUACAGCUUUAGACCUGAUCGACAGAGGCCUGUUGCUGUAACGGACAAGGUAGCCUAUAACACCAUCCGAGGGUCUCUAGUCAAGGAGAUCAGACAGAGGUUCAGCGACUGGAUCACCCAGAUCAUCAGGCUGUACCGUGGUGAAGAAUUUGUGGAGUUGGAGUGGAUUAUUGGACCUGUACCUAUAGGAACGGACCUCGGCAAGGAGGUGGUGAGUUUGUUCACGACAAAUAUCACCAGCAAUGGCGAGUUCUUCACCGACUCCAACUCUCGGCAAAUGAUGAGGAGAACCUGCUGGAAUGAAUCUGCCAGCACGUUGAGUAGUCAACAGCUCAAGAAGCCGAUAGCAGCGUGUUACUACCCAGUAACAUCCCGGAUAUGUAUACACUCGGGGAACGCCAGUGUCGAGAUGUGUGUACUGGUCGACAGAACAGAAGGAGGGACCUCGUACAAUGAUGGAGAGAUUGAGCUAAUGGUCCACAGAAGACUCCUUACAGAUGAUGGCUUCGGUCUUGAAGAAACCCUGAACGAGGAAUCCUAUGGAGUAGGACUGGUGGUUAAAGGGAAGCACAGGAUACUCUUUGGAAACUAUCGGCAAGAAGUGGAUGAUCAGACCUUCUCGGAGAGGAUGUCGCUCUUCUCAAGGAGGUGGCAGUACGAGCCCUGGCUGUUCCUGACUUCUGGAGAGAAGCUUAACAGAAGAAAAUGGCAGAAUGUUAGGAAUAAGAGGUUUUCAGUGCUGAAGCUGCAUGGUCUGCCUCGUCACAUCCAUGUGUUGACCUUGGAACCGUGGAAAGCUGGUACAGUCCUACUUCGAUUGGAGAAUACGCUGGAAAGUCCUAUAAGAGAGCGCUUCAGGACGGAAAAAUCUGACGGACCAGAAGACUACAUAACCAAGCCAACACAUAUCACAGUGGAGUUGCGAAAGAUAUUUCUGCAGAUGAACAUUAAGCUGGUUAGGGAGACGACGCUCGCUGCCAACCAAUGGCUGGAUGAUGCGCGACAGAUGGAUUGGAGUACAAGAUAUGUAUACAAUGGAGCUGAUGAUGGGAUACUUCCAGAGGACGCAGAAGAAACAGAAGAGAAGCCUACAAAACCAACAGAAAAUAAAGAAUCAGGAAACGUUUCCGGCGAAGAUUCAGAGUACGGUCGAAAAAAAUACGUCCGACAAAGAUUUUCGGAUAAAUCCAGAUCGAAAAUCAAAAUGCCUGUUUACGCAGACUAUGACAGGCGAAAACGAUCAAUAAAUAUUUCAGAAAAUGUUAUGGAGAACUUAAUCAAUGAUACGACGAUAGAUACCGUUAGAUUUAAUGACACAACUGAAUCCCCAGCGAAGAACACUUCUUCAGUACAUAUGACAACGAGAUUUGAAAUUAAUGACACAAUCAAGUUCUCUGAGCAACUAAAGUUUUUAAUGACACAAAAGACUCCAAAAAUGACAUUUUUGAGCAGAUCGAAGCCUAGCAAAUUGGUUAAUGAUUGGGCAGCUGAAACGGAAGAAGUUGUGUCUUCUGAAGAAGACUUCUCUUCUAAUUUGAAGAAGAGAUCGCCUAGGAGAAGAGGUGGAAGUAGGAGUACUAAAAGGACUAAGCCUGAACGUGAAGAAACCACAAGCGACGAUGUAGAUGACGGAAUAACGAAAUCAAUCUACGAAAUGUACUACAAGCAUCGGCCAAGAAACCAAAACAAAGGCUUCAAGAACGCAGAAGAAAAAAACAGAAAGAAGAAGCCAAGAAGAUUACGAGACAAGAACGAUUAUGAUUAUGAAGUAGAACAGACAACCAGAAGAUAUUUCAGAAGUAAAAGCAAAAGAGUUAGAGGAAGAGGUUACACUGCUGAAAUGCCGUUCUUUACAAACGAUCGAAAGAAAUAUAAGGGAGACAGAGAUUAUAUUACUACAGAAGAUGGAAGAAGAAUGAGGGAGAUGGGCGCAGAAGAUGCGCCAGUUAAAGAAUAUCCUAUCAAAACAUCACCUCGUUUGCGAAAACGCAAGGACAAUAGCGGCAUGGAAGUCCAGGACUAUUCUGAAGAAGAAGACCUUGAUAAUGUCGAGAAGGAGAUCGGAGAGAGAAGAACGGAGAACAAUAGAAGGAAGAGGACCCUACCAAAAGACGAUGAAGUGCAAGUGGAACCUGGUACCACAGAACCAACAGAAGACACAGACUUUGUAGUGACGAUUCGACCAACACAAAUACGAACAUUCGUCAUAUGGUUUGAGAAUAACAGAAAGAAUUACAACACAUAACUUAUUCGAUAUAUUUGCAAUAUGAAUACAA